UCCCCUUGGCAGAAAACCACCCCAAAACCACCCCCCGAUGAACCUGCCUUUGCUUCUCGGGGCCUUCCCCAGCCAGGGAAAUUCAUCGGAGGUGGGGAAAAUCCACGAGCGGCUGCCUCUGAGAGCUGCUGGGGCGGUGGAGGAGCUGCAGCCGCCGGGCUCUGGCCACGCUGGCCUCGGGCUGGGGGCUCAGCAGCGGCCGCCUCGGCUGGGGGGGGGGCCCUGCAGCUGCAGCCGGGCUUUCGGGGCUGCGGGGAGGGCCUCAGCCUCCUGCUUCCCUUCAUGGAAACCGAGGGGGAGGGAGCGGAGCUUCCCCUGCCCCGCGGCUUUUCGGAGAAGCCCGGCCGCGUUCCGCGAACGCCCGCGGAAGUACCGGGGGGGGGGGGGGGGAUGGGGAGCGGGCGGGGAGGGCCCUGAGGGCCCCGGGAACCGCCCACGGGAGCGGGGAGGGCCCCGAGGGCUCCGGAGCUGGGCCCUGAGGCCUCGGGAGCUGCUCACGGGCCCCGGUUCGAGCAGGGGAGGCCCCGGGGCAGCUCUGGGGGGCGGCGGGGCCCGGCCCGGUGCAGGCCUCGGGCCCGGUGUAGGCCCCACUAGGCCGCGGCCUCCCCCCCCGUUGCCAUGGAAACGCGGCACUUCCGGGAAGGGGCGUGGCCACGCCCCCUCCGUCCCUCCCGCCUGGGCUAUUUCUGCCCGGCCCCGCCCAGCAACAGCGCCAGCCAAUGGCGCGCGCUCACGUGACCGCUUCCAGGAACCCGCGCCCAUCCCCCCCCCCCCCCCGCGUGGCGCCGCCGCCCUUCCCCCGCCCCUCCCCCACCCCCCCCAAACCCGCGCGAGACCGCGUGGGGAGCGGUCACGUGACGGGGGGCGCCGGGGGGCGGGGCCUGCAGCUCCUGGGGGGGCGGGGGGGAAAGCAGCCCAGUCUGUACUGGUGGCCCCAACUGGUGGACCAGAGCCCAUACUGGUCUUCUGUGUCCUGUACUGGUGGCUCAAACUGGUGGCCCAAAUCCCGUACUGGUGUCCUGUACUGGUGUCCUGUACUGGUGUCCCAUACUGGUGUCCCAUGUCCUGUACUGGUGUCCCUUACUGGUGUCCCUUAUUGGUGUCCCUUACUGGUGUCCCAUACUGGUGUCCUGUACUGGUGUCCCAUACUGGUGUCCCAUGUCCUGUACUGGUGUCCCAUACCAUUAUCCCAUACUGGUGUCCCAUACUGGUAUCCUGUACUGGUGUCCCAUACCAGUGUCCCUUACUGGUGUCCCAUGUCCUGUACUGGUGUCUCAUACUGGUAUCCUGUACUGGUGUCCUGUACUGGUGUCCCAAACUGGUGUCCCAAACUGGUGUCCCAUACCAGUGUCCCUUACUGGUGUACCAUACUGGUGUCCCAUGCUGGUGUUUUAUACUGGUAUCCAUACUGGUGUCCCGUACUGGUGUUCCCUACUGGUGUCCCAUACUGGUAUCCCAUACUGGUGUCCCGUACUGGUGUUCCCUACUGGUGUCCCAUACUGGUAUCCCAUACUGGUGUCCCAUACUGGUAUCCCGUACUGGUGUUCCGUACUGGUGUCCCAUACUGGUAUCCCAUACUGGUGUCCCGUACUGGUGUUCCCUACUGGUGUCCCAUACUGGUAUCCCAUACUGGUGUCCCAUACUGGUAUCCCGUACUGGUGUUCCGUACUGGUGUCCCAUACUGGGACACAUGGGCCACAAUGGGGGGUGGGGGGGGUGUGCAGGAUUGCCCCCUGACAGCCCCCCCCAGCAGAGGGUGCUGUGCUCCAGGGAGCCUACUGGGAGCACUGGGAGGGGCUGCAGGGCACUGGGGGGGCACUGGGAGCACUGGUGGGGGGUGGGGUAGGGCACUGGGAGCACUGGGAUCACCGGUGCCCCCUCCAAACACCUUUUCCAGUGCUCUGCAAAGCCAGAUUUUGACUGGGGGGGGGGGGGUUAGAACUACCAAAAGUGCCCCCAACCCCCCUUGAACCCCCCCAAAACUCCCCAAAUCCCCCUAAACCCCCCCAAAAAUCCCCUAAAUCCCCCCAAACCCCAUGCAGCCUUUUUUGGGGGGGGCUGAACUGAGGCAUGGGGGUGUGUGAAAAGGGCAGGGGGUAAAAUGGGGGUGUAAAAUGGGGGGGUGGAAUUGGGGUGUAAAAUGGGGGUGUAGAAGUGGGGGGUGUAAAAUGGGGGGGGGGCAAAUGGAUGGGUGCAGCUGUGGGGUUGGGGUUGCCCCUGUGUCCCCCCCCCCCAAGAGAUUGCUGUACAUGGGGUAGGAUUGGGAAGGGUACUGGGGCUACUGGGAGGCCGGCACUGGGGCUACUGGGAGGACUGGGAGGGGUCCGGUUGGGGUCAGUGGUGCUGUGGGGGGCCCCCACGGGGCCCGCCCCGGACACGUGUGGGUGCAGGCCCGGCCGCACCCCGCUCCACAAACACAGCGGGACCCAACCCCGCUGCGACACCCCACAAAC